UUUCUUUGCAGGGAAGAGGUUAGGAUGGGGGACGAGAACUUUACUUCAAUCAAAUAUUUUGUAUUGGUGGGACUGUCAAAUGACCGAAGGACACAGAUUCUACUCUUUGUGGUGGUCUUCAUCAUCUACUCCCUCACCAUUAUGGGGAACCUGGUGAUCAUCAUCCUUGUCCGACUUGACUCUUCCCUCCACACACCCAUGUAUUUCUUCCUGACAAACCUGUCAAGCCUGGAGAUCUGCUUUGUCACCAGUACUUUGCCCCAGAUGCUGGCUCACCUCCUGUCUGGAAACGGAGUCAUUUCUUUCGCCCACUGCACUCUCCAGAUGUAUAUUUCGUUGUCCCUAGGUGGUACCGAAUGCCUUCUUCUCAGUGCCAUGGCCUAUGACCGCUACUUGGCUAUCUGCCACCCUCUAUUAUAUGCUAGUAUCAUGAGCUGCGGACGCCAAGUCCUGCUUACUUCACUCUGUUGGGCAGGUGGCUUCCUCCUAGGUUCUAUAAAUGCAGGUAGCACCGUUCGCCUCCCCUUCUGCGGCCCCAACCGCAUCAACCACUUCUUUUGUGAGCUCCCGGUAGUGCUGAAGCUUUCAUGCGCCGACACUCACCUCACAGAGGCUUUCAUAUUUGUGGCAUCCGUACUAUUGCUUAUAAUUCCUCUGACAAUUAUCCUUAUAUCCUAUGGGCUUGUUCUCUCCUCAGUAUUGCAAAUGAGAUCAACCACUGGACUGCGCAAGGCCUUCUCCACAUGUGGUUCCCACCUGAUCGUGGUCACCUUGUUCUAUAGCACCGUCAUCUCUAUGUACAUGAUUCCACGGUCGGGUUCAACUUCUGAUCGUGACAAGAAAAUUGCUGUCUUUUACAUCGUGGUCACCCCUUUGCUCAACCCUAUCAUUUAUACUCUGCGGAACAAGGAUAUCCACGGUGCAGCAGCCAAGGCGCUGAGAAGACUGGCCAUUUUGCAAGAGUUGAGAGUUGCCUACUAGUAUGAAUAAUAUGCA